CCAAACCCUUCUCGCCGGACCUUUGGAGCGGGCAUUGGGUGGGUGGGGGCGGAACGCAGGUGAAAAAAGACAUCGUGGUGGCGAAGCUGCCGGGACGUUGUCGGAGGAGGGGUCCGCCCACCCGCGUUACCAGCUCUGUGCAGAGAACCGCUUUAGGCUUCGCGGGCCCAUGCUCGGUUCCGCCCCCUGCCCGGCCCGCGCAGACCCCAGCGGCGGGACUGGAGGUUCUGGGGAUGGGCCCCCCACCCGCCCCGGCGUCCUCUCACCAGCUCCCCGGGUCCGCACGCCCCCGCCCCGUUUCUGCGAGCGCCUUCCUUCCCCUUCCCCUCCGCGGAAAGCUGCAAGUCCGGGGCAAUAACUGUCCCCCGCCGCGAGCCGAUGAUCAAUAUCGCAGUCGCCCGGCGGAGACCGCGCAUCCGGCUGUGGGUGCCGCUCCGCCGCCGCCGCCGCCGCCGCCCGCCGGCGGGAGCGCAGCGCUCGCCCUCCGCGCCUUCCUACCCUCAGUCCCGCCGCUGCGCGCCGGCUCGCGCCGGCUCGCUCCCACCUCGGGUCUGGCGACGCGAUUGCGGCGCUGGGAGUUUAGGGAAGUCGCCAGACCGCACGUCCAGCGCCUGCGGGCUGAAGUUCGGGGGCGGCCGGGCGCGGCCAGCAGGCGGUGUUCGCCGGGGAGGGGCUGGGGUCAACGGUCGGGCCCGCGGCCGCCGACAGCCGCCACUUCCCACCGCCCGGCGCGGUCCGGAGUGGUCGGACUGCAGGGCGCGGGCGCGGGCGCGGAAGGGGCAGCCGGAGGGCGAGGCGGGCGGGCCUCGGCGCCGCCGCGGGGAAGCUCCGCACGGCUCUCGCCGGAGGAUCCGGACUCCGCAGGGUCGACCGCCUGAGCCAGCUUGACCGGGUUCAGUGCAUUAGAAAGCGAU